GCAAGUCAGCCGGUGAACCAGUCAGCGAGAGAGGGAAAGUGUGUGAGUGUGUGUGUGAGCGUGAGAGUCGCAGAGUCCGUGCUUGUGUAUUUGUGCGUGUGUGUGUGAGUGUGUGUGUGUGUGUGUGUGUGUGAGUGAGAGGGAGAGAGAGAGUGAGAGCAAGGCAGUUGCAGUCUCUCGGUGUGGGAAAGCCCAGCCAGGCAGCCGGUGUGGUGUUUUUAAAGUGAAAGAUCGAUCCAGCGCUUCUCCUCUGUGCCUCUUUGGACUAUACCACUUCCAGGGACUUACCCUUUGGACUAUCCCAACACCUCCUCCUCGUGCCUUUGAAGGGAACACCUGUGUGUGAGGUGUGUGUGUGUGUGUGUGCGAGUUUGUGUGUGAGCGGAGACAGCGGACUAAUAGCCCUGGCGGACGGGGUGAGUGGAUGACUUCAGUGAAUGAGGGCUUGGCUGGUGGAGAGAAGGGGACCGGUGACCAUGGACUCCCCUCACUAGCAAACGGGUGCAGUGAGGAGGCACGGGCGUGUCCGGUCAUCAUGUGCACGAGGGCCUAUCCUGACCCCGUCCCUGAGUGCCAGCUGUUCCCUGGAGAGGAGGAGGAGCCUGAGGAGGAGGUGGCGGAGGAAAGCAGGGAGAGGGAGUCAGACAGAGACAGCGCUGUGGAGAGCACCCAGGGGUCUGACACCAGCUCAGAGGGGUUGGCCAGACCAGGGGACAAGGAGGACGUACUUGGGGAGCUUUUUUUCCCUGGGGAUAAGUGUGGCCACACCAGCAUCUCAGUGACCUCUGACCUAUCAACACGCUCUUCUGCUUCUCUGAACGAGGAGCAGUUUGAGGACUACGGAGAAGGGGAGGAGCCGGACUACACUGCGGGUAGCCCCUGCCCUGACGACGAGACUCGCACCAACGGAUGCUCUGACCUGGGCUCCUCUGUUCCCUCCAGUGCGGGCCAGACUCCACGUAAGGUGCGUCAGAUUUACAGCGGUGAGCUGAUGGAUGUCUACUGUUCCCAGUGCUGUAAAAAGGUCAACCUCCUAAAUGACCUGGAGGCUCGCCUCAAAAACCUCAAAGCCAACAGCCCCAACAGGAAAAUCUCCAGCACUGCAUUUGGAAGGCAGCUGCUCCACAACAGCAACUUGAGCAGCAGUAACGGCAGUACAGAGGACCUUUUCCGAGACAGCAUUGACUCCUGUGACAUCGACAUCAAUGAGAAGGUGAGCUCUCUGGAGAAGAAGGUGGCAGAACUGGAGAGUGACAGUCUGAUGAAUGGUGAUCUCAAGUCUAAGCUCAAACAGGAGAACACCCAGCUAGUGCACAGGGUACAUGAGCUUGAGGAGCAGCUGAAAGACCAAGAGACGCGUGCAGAGCAGAUUAUUGAGGAGGAGCUGAGGAGACACCGAGAGGCCUACAGCAAGAUGGAGAGAGACAAGAAUACAGAGAUAGAGCUACUGACCAACCGACUCGUGCAGCUCGAAGAGGAGAACAGCGAGAUGGCCAUCAGCAUGUGUCGCCUCAAGUCACAGACAGAGAGACUGGACGAGGAGAAACAAAGGAUGACAGACAAGCUGGAGGACACCAGUCUUCGUCUGAAGGAUGAGAUGGACCUCUACAGAAAAAUGAUGGACAAACUGAGGCAGAACAGACACCAGUUCCAGAAGGAGAAGGAAGCCAUGCAGGAGCUAAUAGAGGAUCUGCGUCGGGAGCUGGAGCACUUGCAGCUCUUCAAGCUGGAGACUGAGAAGCCUGGCCGGAGCCGCAGCUCUUCCUCGAGCCUGGCGGACUUCAACACCAGGACCAGGGAGAUGGAGAUGGAGCACGAGGUCAAGAGGCUCAAACAGCGAUUUGCGUCCCAGGAUUUUCUCCCCCCUGAAUUCCAGCACCUGGUGUUGGCCGGGGCACGGCUCCGACCUGGUCUGAUGGAGAACCAGAAGUUGAGGGAGCAGAACGAUGAGCUGAAUGGUCAGAUCCUCAGCCUGAGCCUUUAUGAAGCUAAGAACCUGUUUGCCACACAGACCAAGGCCCAGUCCCUGGCUGCUGAGAUAGAUAAUGCCUCUAGAGACCAGUUAAUGGAAGCCCUAAAGGAGCAGGAGGAAAUCAACUUCCGUCUGCGUCAGUACAUGGACAAAAUCAUCCUGUCCAUCCUGGACCACAACCCCUCCAUCCUGGAAAUCAAGAACUAGCAGCCACUCAACUGGAAUGAGAAUCGUUCUGUAACUUUGCAGAGUGAGGAUCAUUCCAGUUGUCAGAGCAGAACCUGUAUUCCUAGUCGGGAAUCUGUACUGGAAAAGAAGGAGAAGGAACCAGAGCCACUCCUGAAAACUGGAACAUAUAAAUAGAUACACACUGCCCCCUGCUGUUGAUGGGGAGCAAAUAACUUCUUUUUGCAGAGGACGUACCCAUUAAAGCUGUGAGGGGAUUUCUGCGCUGAAUUAAAGGGACUUUCUCAGCUGUUACUUGCUUACUGACUGGUGGUCAUUGGACUGUGACCCUUCAACUUGGUCUAUCCCGUUGUCUUUUCGUUCGCUGUCCAUGUUUUGUCCCGCAGUUACCGUCAUAGCUUUGAUCUCAUAAGACAAAACUGGUGAUUUAUUACCACAAAUAUCCUGUGUUCCACAUGUUAUGAAGAUUGAUGGCAUUGCUAGAUAUUGUAUAUUGCACAUACGUACUAUGGCAUAAAAACUGGAACAAUGUAACCGAGUUGUUGUGUGCUCCACUGUGUCAUGGUGUAGUAGGAGGUGUUCGUUCCACAGACAAACAGGUUGGUGUGCUGUAGAAAAGUGCAUUUUAUGGAAACAAAGUGAGACAUUUUGGAAAGCAGGCGGUAAGACAGACCCUCAGAGGGACACAGACAUGAAGGCAGUCUGCUAGACUGUUCUCUGAUCUGUAACUCCUGUCAUUUUCAUUGUCCUUAAUAGAAGGCAUAAUACAAAUUGACGCAGAGUUAAUGCACGUUGAUGAAGUGUAUGAACAGGUACGUGUUUAGAGGUAAAAAUGGUCCGAGAGAAAUUAAAUAUGAAGGAAUGAGUAGAGAGAGAACCCCUUUUGCUAUACGGUAAGAGAAGAAGGCAAUCCAGAGUAGGGCAGAUAAUAGAAAGUGUGUUUUUUUGAGCGGCACAGAGGGACUCUGUGCACUGGGGACAGAGGGCUUUAGUGAAGUCAGCAAGGGUUUAUUGAAGGUGAAGAUUUUUGUUGUUUUCUUGUGAAGAUGUCUUUCCGGAAACUUUAAACAGCACUUGCAAAGUCAAUCAGUUCACCAGUGAAUUAUUUUUUUUUCAGUGCCUGGUGGCUCCUUGUUGAUGAUGGAAAAGAUGAGCGUAGACUGUCACUUUAUAGAGCAGAAGCUGCGACCGAGGAGUGUCUUCACACUGUAGUUUCCAUAGCUGCUAUUUGCUAGCAUAGCAUGAGCUUGAACAAGUACGCUGCAGCCAGCUAGCAAUGGACACAAUGAUGUUGCACAGGAAUGUAAUGAUAUGAAUGUACAGAAUGUGAUAUGGAUUUCGUGAUGGCGUGAUCGGACCCACUGGGGCAUUUCAGUGGCCAAUUUGUGAUGUUGCUCACUGAAUCAUCCCUCAUGUCCCAGUUGGAUCAACUCAAUAAGAUACUUGACUUAAUCUGAAUCUCACUCUGCGGUCAGGUACGACGAGUGUGCACAGGAGACUGAACUUUUCGUGCAAAAGACUGGAAUAGCAAUCUCACUGAAGCCUGUAAGUUGCAGAUUGUAGUUUGUGCCCCGAUGGCUCUCAUAAUACUGUAAAUAUCAUGAAUGUAUCACUUGGUAUUUCACUUCCUGUGAGCCACAUAAGGCUUCUUGUGUUUUAAAACUCUUAAAUAUGUUGCGAUAUGUCGUUAUACAUGUAUACAGUAUUCUGUACUGUAAUGGAGAGGGCAUUGUCUAGGAAAAUGGGGGGAAAAUACAAUCUGCUGUAUUAUGUAAUUGUCCUAAACUUGAGUUUUGCUUCCUUGCACAAAAAAACGUUUGUUUCCUUUUGCAUGGUUCACAUUUUCUUUUGUCUGUGCCUUUUGAAAACACAUUUUUCAAGACCAUACAGCUUGACUAAAUUGUUUGAAGGUGCAUUCGAUUCUGUGUCUGACAGGUUUUCAUGACUUGUAAAUGUUGUACAUACAUAGUGAUAAUUUGUAUUCAUGUGCCACUCACCACUCUUUUUCAAAUUGAUACUAUGAAAACUAUUUUGUACUGUUUUAUCAAGAAAGAGCUUGUGAUAGCUUAGGUAGAAAUACAGGCAUAGCACAGUACUUUGUAAACUAAAGAUUAGCAUUUUUGGGAAUACAAUGUUGAUGCAAUUAUUUUAUUUUUUAUUUUAUUUUGUUUUUUUAAUGCAGUGUAAUUUUUGUUCUCCUCUCGAUUGAAUUGUUAGUAAUGGUGAGUUCAUUGCUCUUCACGCUGUCUUAAACUGGCUUUUCUUUGGUAUGGUUGUCGACUGUCUUCCUAACUUAAACUUAAUAGUGAGCAUCACGAGCAAUAUAAACUGAUUUACCAAUACCCGCUGAUUCGUCUUGUUUACCCUUUCGAAAAAAUUCUCUCUAUAGCUGCUCGCAUCAUUUCAGAUGAAAAAAAAAAAAAGAAAAAAUAUAUAAAUUCAUUCUUUUUGUAGUUCUUAAGUUAUAAUUUAGUAGGGCUAUCCAAUAUUGUGUCAUUCCUUUAAGCAGAACAUGGCAAUAAAAAGGCUUUGGCUGUGA